CAAAGUUUUUUUGCUGACAAAUAUGACGUCAGCUGGCGGAGCCCGUCAAUGCGGUAGUGACAGCGGAGGAGCGCUCUGACUGGGAAAAGCACUCUGGACUAAUCAUCCCUGACACUAAAACUCAGUUGGAACCUGGGCUGAAGGCGGAAGAGAGGAAGAGAGGCCUAGGCCGUAGAACACCAUGGGGAACGCGGAGGGCGGCUGCGGCGCCGGGAGCGGCGACGAUGACGACGACGUAGAGACGGAGAGUCCCGUGUUCGCUGAGGGCAGCCCGGCCCCUGCAGCCACAGGCAAUAGGUCCGGCAACGAAGGAGGAGGUGGUGGCGACAGCGGCGGUGGAGGUGGUGGUGAUGGAGGAGGAGGAGCAGCGGCAGGCUCCGGUCCGGGGACAAGUGGAAGAGGUUCAGCGAACCUGCCGUCCCCGAGCUAUGGACUCCCCACUGCUGAAGCUCUGCUGGAUCAGGUGAAGCUGCGAGAGGCAGCGGCCCGUAUGAGCGACUCAUGGGUCGCCAUUUCGGAGUCGGUGCUGGCGCGCAACGAGAGCGCUCUGGUGCGCUGGCUGGAGGAGAGGCAGAGCCGCGGAGAGGAGUCCGUCACUCUGGAGCAGUUCUGUGAGAUGCUGGAGAGCAGAGACGCGCCCAGAGAUGACUGCGAGGAGGCCUUUGGUCAGUUUGAUGCUGAGGGUGAUGGGAUUGUUGAUGUGGAGAACAUGCUCACGGCACUGAAAAACUCCAAUGGAGCCAACCUGCAGGGAGAACUCAGUCAUGUGAUCAGGCAGCUUCAGGCGUGCUCUUUGACACCAGGGUUUGUGGAUAUCUUCUCCAAGUCCAAGGACCGUCUCAAAGCACAUGCCUCCAAAAUCCUAAAAUUCUUGCACCGGAAUCGCAUCCCCAGCAGCGCAAUCCCAUUCCCUUUGCUGGAAGGCUACAACAGCAUCUGCACCAUGAGGUCAUCAGUAGUGCAGGACUUCCUGGAUUACCUGCUACAGAAGGAGAAAGGUGAUCUAGACGUCCAGUACAGAGCUGAGCUCAAUCAUGACCUAGAUAUGGAUAAAGUUAAGGUGGUCACCCAGUGCUACAGCUUCAUCGAGGCUUCGUCCAAUAGUGCCGAUAUCAACAAGCUGACCAAUGGUGAGACCGUGUCUUUCUGGCAGUCGGACGGUAGUGCUCGCUCACACUGGAUAAGGUUAAAGCUGAAGCCAGACAUAGUUUUGAGACGCCUGGCCAUUGCGGUAGCAUCUAAUGACCACAGCUACAUGCCGCAGCUGGUGUCUGUAGCUGUAGGAAAGAACCGGCACUCCCUGCAGGAGAUCAGAGAUGUGAGGAUCCCCAGUAAUGUGACGGGUUAUGUACCGCUACUGGAUAACGCCAACAUCAGCCAACCUUAUAUUCAGAUAAACAUUAAGCGCUGCUUUAGCGAUGGCUGUGACACACGUAUUCAUGGUUUGAAGACAAUGGGCUACCAGAUUACCAAGAGUAAAGACGUUUCAGUCUCUGAUGCCUCAGCUAUAUGGUAUCUGUCGCUCCUCACGUCUCUGGUCACCGCUUCAAUGGAAACCAACCCUGUGCUUGCGCAGACCGUCCUACAGAGCACACAGAAAGCCUUACAGCACAUGCCGCCCCUGUCCUUAACGCCGUCUUCAAUGGAGUUCCCCAAAUUCCUUUCUGCAAACAUUCUGGAAGAGGUGGAUGGCUUUUUACUGCGCAUAGCAGCCUGCUGUGUGUCUCCUGACGCUGCGCUGACUUUGUUAGCAUUUGCUCUGGCUCGAGGCAGCGUGGCUAAAGUCCUCAUCUCUUUGUCUGGCAUCUGUGAGCAUCUGGACUCAGAGUACAGAGCUUCUUCACUGCUGGCCUCUAUGGCAUCGGUCCGGUUAAGACUACUCUACCGUAAUGGUAAAUCCAUCCAGCUCCAUCUGCAAGCAUGUGAUGUGAAGAGUAAAGAGGAGAAGUCUGGCCCAGAAAACAUGCUGACGGAGCCCAACACUGGAGAUGGUUUUCUGACAGAGAAUGGAAAGAGGAAAGCCAGUGUGAUUCUGUCUACUGAAAACCAGAGCUGCUUCCAGGUCACACAGAUCAAGAUAAAAGUGCGUAAAGGAGCUAUUGGUGCUAAAUGUGGCUUGGUGUUUGCCUACAAUGACAGCGAGGCAUUUGAUGCAGAUAAACACUUCAAAAGAUUCAAAAAGUAUGACAGCUGGGACUACAAAGACUAUAAAGAAUUUGCCCAAGACAGCGCAAUGAUAGCAGAGACCAGUGAAGACGAGCCCAUUGGCUGGUUUGAGGUGGAAGAGGACUGGAACGACGUGGAGAUCAAGCUGCAACAAUGCAGAGUGUCAAAAUUUCUGAUGGUGAAGUUCCUGUGUGCCAGGCAGGACACAGCAGAGCGGCUGGGGGUUCAGCAGAUGUGUUUCAGUGGUUAUUUGUGUCCAGACUCAGAGCGGCUGGAGGAUGUGGACGAUCAGAGCGCUCAGGCUGAGGGGAGCGUUUCAGGCCUGGUUACGGGGCUCACACUCGUGAAGAAAACCCUUUAUUUCAUCCAGCAGCUCACCAGAGAUAAGAGCCUCUGUAAAGAGAGCUGUAUGAACCCUGAGCCUGUGUUACAGGAUGUGUCUCUGUCCAAGCAGAAGUCCCUGCUGGACGUCAGUGACCUCAACCUGCUGCUGUUCUGGGACUUCUACCACAAACUCAGAUCUAUUGAGGGAGAAGAGGCCAUGAAGACAAGAGUUCUCCUGCUUCAGCUGCUCCAGAACUGCUUCCCAAUGCUGCCCAGCCUGACAGAGUCCCAGUCGUCAGACAUCACAGCAUCACCCUCAGCCAGCACAGACGUGGAUCCUGCAGAAGCUGUCGGAGAGCUCUACAGUCACUUGUGCCAAGUGGUGGACGGCCCUGAAGGACAGACUGUAGUGGAGAAAGCUCUGAGAAAAGAAGCUGUGAAAGCCAUCCUCAGUGGAGCUGCCAUUUUCUUCCCUGACAAACAGAGCCGGAGGGACAAACUAUUUCACAUGAUGAAAAACAUAACCGAAGAAAACCAGCCAGAAUCUGUUAAACUGACAUUUGAGUCUCUCUGCAGUUACUUCAGCGAUUGGGACCCGAAAGGUCUCCUCUUGCUGCCCCCUAAAGGACCCCCGUCUGACUUUGACAUCACACCUGUCCUGACCGUCAUGGACACGCUGCUCAUUGUGGCCACUAGAGAGUGUGAGGUGUUGAUGUUGGAUUCCAGAGGAGGGUCCAUUUGGAGGGUCCUGCUGUCUCUGUUCUGGGCUUUACAGGGCAGCCUGCUGUCCUGGUGCUUCCUGCAGCUCAAAGGAGAAACGGCCAGCUCUGCUGAUCUGGCCAGGGAAAUCCUGCUGAAAUAUGUGGAACAGUUCCUGUCUGGUACCAGAGACAUACUGAGUCCUCUUAUUAAGCGCUUCUCUGGAGCUGACAUCAUAGAGAAACUCAGUGGAUCCAUUCUUGCCAUGGCAACAAGACAGCUGACAAUCUUCCUGCUGGAGCUGUGCGCUCUGGAUAUUCCUCACUGUGUGCUGCUCAAGAGAUUCUAUCCUCUGGCAGACCUGCUCAAGAAGCUGUCUAGUGAUACAGAGGACAUCAUCUCUAAGGUUGAUAUGGAGGGCUGUCAGCAGACUCAGCAGCCUGUUGUAUUAAGGACGUGGCAUAUGGAGUCACCUCAUAACUAUGAGAAUAGCAGACACGAGACCACCGUCUUUGUGUGUCCUGGUGCCACGUCCUUCGAGGUGGAGUUUGAUGAACGUUGUGAAACCGAGAAAAGGUAUGACUAUCUGGAAUUCACUGAUGCUAGGGGAGGAAAAGUGCGAUAUGAUAUGAAGGUCGGCACGGAGAAAUGGCCAAAGAAAGUGACAUUUAAAGCGGGUCCCCAGCUGCAGUUUCUGUUCCACUCAGACAGCAGUAAUAAUGAAUGGGGUUACAGGUUCACAGUGACAGCAUAUGGCCUGGCAGACGUCACCGCGUCCUGGACCUCAGAUCUGCAGCUCCUCGUGUCCAGGCUAAUGGGCCGUCUGGCCUCCCGCACCAUGGCUUUGAAAUCACCUUACGAGAUCCGUGGUGUAAAAGAGUUGCCUGCAGCUUUGAUGAACCAUGUCCUGUCCUGUCCUCUGUGGAAGCCUAUGUUCAGACAUGGUUUAAGUGGACUUCUUGGUGAAAAGAAAUUAGCCCUGGCACCAGACACCGACCAGGAAGAGCCAGCUCCUUUGGGAGAUGAAUUGGUGGAAUUCCUUAAGGACUUUGCUUGCUGGGAUCCUUCGCAGGAUUCUUCUGAUGGCAGGACAGAGUUAAUGAGGGCCCUUUUGUUGACCUGCAAGAAGCAGCAAAUCAGGAAUGAGAUUGCUGCAGGCUCAAAAGUGGACCAGGCUGUGAACGCCACCUGGGCGGCCAUGGUGUAUCACACACCAGCACUGCACCACAGUCUUAGGAGCUUUGUUGCUAAAAACGGCCAGAGCAGUCUUAGCGAGGACCUUCUGCAGGUCUAUGCCCUCGCCAAUGGCAUCAGAACGUGGAUGUUGGAAAUGAAACAGCGCUACCUUAUGGGUAAAAUGAAUGGAGUAGAGGAAAAAGAAGACGGACAGAAUGAGGUUACGAUGGAGUCACUUGCUGAAAUUUGCAUCAGUAGAAGUUUGUUCCUCUUCCGAUUUAGCCCGAGUGGUGGAGCCUCUGCACUUCUGGAACAAGAGCCUUCCAGACCAGAAGAUGGCGCUUGUGCUGCUCCUCUUUUUCGAUCGGUUUCCAUUUCAGAGGGAGACUUCCAGCCCAGCGCCUCUGUUCCCUCCAUCUCCCAGACCCCUGCGGGAGCAGAAGCAGCAAGGCCCUCAGGGGCCAGUCAGCGUGACCAGACGUCCUCAGCACCAGUGGAUGCUGGACCUUCCAGCAGCAUCAGUUCUCAGGGUGCCAAGGGCUCCACGGAAAGUCUUCAGUCUCAAACAGGAGAGCCUCUCUCCCCGUUAGCCUUCCCACGUAAAGCACCUUUCAGUCGGGGCUGCUUGAGGCUCCUUUCCUUACGGUCUGUAGAGGAGCCUCGCAUGACACCGCCUGUUAAAGAGCGCUUCCCGAUCCUCAAACACAUCCUCAGCUUUAUGAAGGACAUGGUCAUUAAUGAGAGCAGUGUUCUUCAUACUCUGGCUCUGAAGAAGGCCCAGGCUCUGAGUGUGUGUGAGGUGCUGGAGCUGGUCCAGCAGUGUAUACUCACCCUGGGGAAACCGCACGUCUUCCAGGCACCCUGUAUUUUGUUUCUCCAGGAACUCUUAGCAUGUCAGAAAGAUUUCACCAAUUACUUUUCUCAGUUGUUGGGCAGCGGACAGGAGAUGAGGGAGCUGGUCAGACACUCGUAUCAUCUGCUGGUUCUCAUGCUAGUAGAGGCCGUGCAGAGCUUCAAUGCACUGAACGAGAAGGCCCUGCUGCCCGCCCUGUCAUGUGUGCAGACAUGUCUGCUGCAUUUGCUGGAUAUGAGCUGGGAAGCAGAAGACUUGUCGCUGUUUCUGGACAUCAAACUGCCUGAUCUUCUGCUCACCAUGUCCCAAGAAAACAUCAGUGUGCAUGAUAUUGCCAUCAGCCAGUGGACGGAGGAGGAUGAGAUCACUGACUACGAGAGGAACACUGAAUGGAUGGAUGAGUGUUUGGAUGGCAUGUUUGAGAAGUGGUUUGACAAGAUCAGCCAGGCCUCAGCGGAGGACAAGAGAAAGAUGCACAUGUUCAUUGCACGCUACUGCGACCUGCUGAAUGUGGAGAUCUCAUGUGACGGCUGCGGACGGAUCGCACCGUGGCAUCGCUACCGGUGCCUGCAGUGUACAGAUAUGGACCUGUGCAAGACCUGCUUCCUCAGUGGUGCUAAACCAGAAGGCCAUGAGGAUGAGCAUGAGAUGGUGAAUAUGGAGUAUGCCUGUGACCACUGCCAGGGCCUUAUCGUGGGCAGCAGGAUUAACUGUAAUGUCUGUGAGGACUUCGAUCUCUGCUUUGGCUGUUAUAAUGCCAAAAAAUACCCAGACAGCCACCUGCCCACCCACCGUAUCACAGUGUACCCUAUGGUCACUAUUCGCAUCAGUGACCGCCACAGACUCAUUCAGCCCUAUAUACAUAACUACUCCUGGCUUCUUUUUGCCGCACUUGCCCUGUUCACAUCCGAGCUGAUCAGCGAGAAAGCACAGGAUGGAGAGCCUUUGAAUGAUGUCACGCUCGGUUACGCUAGGGCACUGCAAACCCACUGCUCUGACAUCAUCAAUGAUUGCCUUCUGAAGGGACAGACUGGGAAAGGUUUGCGAGCCUCUGCCCUGCUGUCACUGCUUUCUUCAAACGAAUCGGCCACUGAGAGUGAACUGUGUCCUGCGACGGCUGGAUCUUUUCAGGACAUCAGCAGCACAGACACCUCCUCACUUCCCAGCAGCACUACAGCUAUCUGCUCCCCAACGCUACCUACAGACAGAAAACCACAAAAGCAGGAGCCAGAUACAGAAGGGGAUGAGAAGAGGAGGAGGAAGCUUGUCUCUCAGGAUACGUCAGACUCAUCCAGUGCAAGUCAGACACCCUCUGUGUCCAGUGAAGACACGCUGUCCCCUGGAGUCAGAGUUUCAGAGUCAAGUGGAGAUACGAUCACAUCUCCUACCUCGGAGAACAUGGACGCAUAUAAGGACCAGGAGGAAAAGACAGCCCGGGGGCCGCUACAGGAACAUGUGUUUGCCGAAUGCUCCAGAGAGAGGAUUCUGGGAUUGCUGGCAGCCAUGUUGCCUGCAAACAAACAGGGCAGCUCACUAUCUUUGUCCAGCCUGAGUCCCAUCCUGCCACUGCUGUUCAGAGUGGUCAUCUCCAACGCCGGCUGUCUGAAUGAAACAUACCACCUGACACUAGGCCUUCUGGGACAGCUUCUGUUAAGGAUCUCUCCUGCAGAAGCAGAUGCAGCUGUGGCAGAGGCACUGACAGACAAAUUUGAGUUACUCACCCUCGGGGAUGGAGUAGCGCUUGAUGUUCCUGGCUGGAAGACCACUCAAUUGCUCUUCAGUCUGGGAGCAGUGUGUCUAGACAGUCGGAUCGGUCUGGAUUGGGCGUGCUCUGUGGCAGACAUCUUGCGAAACCUGAACAUUUCUUCUCAGUGGUGUGGUGUUGCGGCAGCGUUCACUGAUCACUGCAUCCAGCAGCUACCGCAGCAACUCAAGAGAACCAACCUCUUCACUUUGCUGGUGCUCGUGGGAUUCCCCGAGGUGCUGUGUAUGGGGACCCAGGCUGUAUUCAUCGAUAACGCCAAUGAACAACACAACGUGAUUCUCCUCAAGCACUUCACUGAGAAGAACAGAGCUGCUGUGGUGGACGUCAAGACUCGUAAGAGGAGAACAGUGAAAGACUACCAGUUAGUCCAGGCACAUGAGUGCAGCAGCAGGAAUGAUGCAGAGUCUCAUGAGGGGCAAGCCGUGUCCCCGACCUCUGCCCUCCCGAGCCGCUUCCUGAAGAACUUCACCUCUAUUGUGAGUCACCUACUGCAGGUCGGGGUGGAGAGCAGCGCCCAAGAUGCUGUGGAGGCCACCUGGGUGCUCUCUCUUGCUCUUAAAGGACUUUACAACACUCUCAAGAAGCAUGGGGUGGAUCAGGCCCAGGAGGCCAUCCAGGGCUCUGGCCUGAUGCAGCUUCUGGUCCGUAAGUGCAGCAAGGGCACAGGCUUCAGCAAGAUGUGGCUUUUGCGAGACCUAGAGAUCCUCUCCAUCAUGCUUUAUUCCUCCAAGCGAGAGAUCCACUCCAUGGCAGAGGACACAGACACCGAGACCGAUGGAGAGAAGGAGAGAGAGAAAGAGAAUGACUCGGAUCACUCCAGCUGCUGCGCUGAAGAUGCCGAUCCAAACAGACCGGAUCCACUGGAAGGACUGGAUGAAGAGACAAAGACCUGUUUCCAGAUUACCCAUGAUGCUCUUAAUGCCCCACUGCACAUCUUGAGAGCCAUGUAUGAGCUCCAGAUGAAGAGAACCGAUUCUUUCUUCCUUGAGGUGCAGAAGAGGUUUGAUGGUGACACUAUAAAAACCGACGAGACUAUUCGUACACUGGCACAGAAGUGGCAACCAUCUAAAAGACCUCGUUCUGAGGAAAGAAGUACCAAGGCUGUGGAUACUGAUAUCAUCAUUGUGCCCUGUGUGUCUAAACCCACCCGGUGUGAUCGAGCCACCGAAGAAGCAAAUGUGGUCACACAGAAACUCAUCACCAACACCGAGAGCGACUUCCAGCUGAGUUAUGCCAAACAGCGGCGCACCAAAAGCUCAGCUCUGUUGCAUAAAGAGCUGGAUGCUCGCAGUAACAAAGCAGUGCGACAGUACCUUUUCAAAGUGAAUGAAGCCAUUGCUAUUCUGUACGCACGUCACGUGUUGGCGACGCUGCUGGCCGACUGGCCCUCUGACGCUCCCAUCAGAGAGGAAGACCUGGAGCUGAGCGGAGCUUCUCACAUGGCCUACAUACUGGACAUGCUCAUGCAACUAGAGGAGAGAGCCAUGUGGGAGAAGAUCUUGCAGAAGGUUCUGAGUGGCUGCAGCCAGAGCAUGCUGGGUAAUCUGUCGCUGACAGCAUGUCAGUUUAUGGAGGAGCCAGGAAUGGCUGUGCAGGUCCGUGAAUCCAAGCACCCCUACGACAACAACACUAACUUUGAGGAUAAGGUGCACAUCCCUGGAGCCAUCUUCCUGUCUGUGAAGUUCGACUCUCGCUGUCACACAGAGGAAGGAUGUGAUGAGCUCCUCAUGGCCAGCAGCGGUGACUUGCUGCAGGACCUGCACACGUUCAGUGGUUCCCACCGGAAAUGGACCGACUUUGAGAUUCCAGGGGACACUCUCUACUACAGGUUUAUAUCAGAUAUGAGUAACACAGAAUGGGGCUACAAGUUUACUGUGACUGGUGGCCGUCGAGGCAGCUUCCAGACUGGGUUUGAGAUCCUGAGGCAGAUGCUAGCAGAUGAGCAGGCGUUGACUCACCUCCCGCUGACUGACAUCUGGGAGUGGCAGGUGGGCGUGGCCUGUCGGCAAACAGGAAGCCAGCGGCUGAAAGCCAUUCACCUGCUGCUACGGCUUCUGCAGUGUCCGUCUCAAUGGGGUUGUGACCUUAAACUUCUGCGGCCGCUGUGGCAGCUCUUCACUACUAUGGAGAGCGGUUUGAUUCAGGACCCCACCAGCAUCACAGUCCUCCUUCCUCUCCAUCGCGCUCUCACGGAGCUCUUCUUCAUCGCUGAAGCCAAGGCCAUGGAGCAGGACGUUCUGCAGGAGUACCUUCUUGCUCUCACUACCAAUGAACAGCUAGUAGUGCGCACUGCACAGGCGCUGAAGAACAUCGCAGCCAUCAGCCUGGCCAUUAAUUACCCAAAUAAAUCCACUAAGCUGCUCAACCUGUCCCCAUGAAAGAGGGAUGAAAGAGAGAUCGAGAUGAGAGAAGGGAAGCUUGCCAGAGGCCUAUGGGAAUGGCCUUCUGCGCUCGACAGCUGCGGCAGGAGUGGGCCACAUAUCGUCUUCCAGAAAAACCCACCCCUGUGCUGUUUAAUCAUAAAGUGGGGGGCACUGCAAUCUUGUGUCUCUUAAUAAUCGCUAUUGCUCUCCCCAACCCCCCCCCCCACACACACACACAGUUUAGUGGGCUGUGCCAAAUUUGUUUUCUCACCCAUAAGCACAAGUUUUUUUUCCCCCAUUCCUUCACUUUCUUUUUCGGAAAAGCCACCGUGGGCAAGACAAUCGAUCAAAGUGAAAGCAGGUCACCUUUCCCUGCCUCACACACUCUCCCUGGACACGUUGCCUAAAAAUAAAAAGUUGCCGGCGCAGUCUCAUCCUUCAAAGUGGCCCGAGACUAUGUAUACGACUAAUUUAUCGAUAUCGAUGCGAAACCAUGGGGCCUUCUCUCGGUUCACUCUCAGGGGAGCCUGAGCUGAUGUUUGUUCAGUUCUAGCAGCUAGCAGUUACACUUGAAAACCAUAUGCUUCUAGACAAAUGUCAGAUGAAAAAAAAAAAAAAAAACGAGUUUAACGUGCCAUGUGAGUCCAGAAGGCGCCGUUUGCCUUACGAGUGCAGCUCAAAGUGAUCGCGAAACUGAUUGGGGGUCAGUUAGCACUAACACGUCCUAGUAAGAGGAAUGUCAGCGCUUGUCGUCCAUUGUCACGUCCCAGAUUCUCAACUCACUCAUAAUGCCACAUACCACCAGGAAAUCUAGAGCAUUAUGUACAGAAAUCUCAUUUUUUGUUGUGCUGCAUGCAAAACUGGACUAAACCAUAUGUCCAUUACUUUUAGUGACACAUCAGUUGGUGUGUUCUGUAAUAUUAUGGCAGUCGGAGAAAUUCUGUUUGAUCGGUUGAUCGACACAGAAGUGUGGGUUUAGUGGGAUGGUCUUAAGGUGCAGAACUUGAUAAUCAUAAUCUUCAUUGAUCUAGUGAUUGAGACGUGCUAGUAUUUUAACUGGUGAAAUGGAUACGGUUAUGGAAGUUGUGUUGCUUUAAAAUAUCCAUUUAUUAAUAUUACAGGAACAUUAUUGGGUGAAUUUUGAAUGAAGCGUUUGAUUGGCUAAUAGAAAGAUUUGUUGCUGUUUUGAAGGUCAGGUAAAGGCUGUUCUUAGUUCUAACCAAUGUUUAUCUGAAUGAUUUUUUUUUUUUUUUGGCCAAACAUUUCAGUUUUUUUGUAUUUUUUUGUUCUUGACCGGGGUAUACAGAUCUCUGAUGAUUUUUUUAGUUCAGUUUGAUUUCAUUUUAGUGAAAUUGAGGAAUUUAGACAGAUGGUUAUUCAUGCCAAAGAAUCAUUAUAGUUUUAAAUAGAAGCAUCUAACGCUAAGCAAUUCCUAUUUAUCUUCCUGAAGGAGGCUCUAAUGUUGGUGUGGUUGGUGGUGGUGGUGGUGGUGGUGUUAUAAUUUAAAAGAAGGUUGAAGUGUUGGGCUCCAGCGACAGACGCAGAUCCUUUAGUCCUCACUGGUUUUGUUUACAUGAGUUCUAGCAUGAGCGCUGGCUACAUUUAGUGCUGCUGCUCAGCCUCUGUUCGGGUGGGUUUCAAAAUGUGUCUGCCAGGAGAACUUCCUGUCACUUUAAAGCCUCAGAUAUUAACAAACGAUGUGCCUAUGUUAAAAAUGAAGCAAUCUUCAUUUAAUCUUCAUAUCUUUGUAAAGGUCCUCUCUUCAACUAUAUUUUUAAAAGAAAAUUAUAUAGGUUAAUUUGGAGCACUUUCUAUCUAUUUUAUUUUUAUGAAUGUCUUUUUUUGUUUCAGAGCUCAUGGCUUCAAUUUCUUUGAAUCUGACAUGAAUGUAUAUAGUUGUGAAUAUGGAUAAUUGCAUAAAUAUUUCAUAUAAAAAUGAUUUUUCAUGUCAGCCCCCCAGAUUAAGGAAAUUUCAGAAUAGUGUACUAUAUAGUUGGAAGUUUACACUUGAUCCUUUUGAAUUGAUUUGCUAUGUCACACACACACAUACACACACACACACACACACACACACACACACACACACACACACACACACACACAAACACAAAGGAAACCACAAAACUGCUUUGGGUUGAUUGUGUAAUUGUUUUUAAUUAAAAAACAAGAUAUGCAAAUUCAUGUGCCUGGAGUUGUCCCUCUUUUUUAGGGAAACUCACUUAAAAGUCUAAAGAUGAAAA